AUGGCUAGCGGCGAGGCGGCUCCUCCUCCUCCUCCUCCAGCUGCGGCUCCUGCGAGCGCAGUGGGCGCCGUCGGCGCGGGCAUUGGCGUCGGUGGGACCAGCUCGUCGCAGCCGCGCAAGAGGCUGGCGGCCGUGUGCGACCAGUGCAAGGCCAAGAUGCAGCUGGUGGCCGACCUGCUCCUGCUGUCCAGCGAGGCCAGGCCGGUGCUGCUGCCGCCCUCGUCCCCCUCCUCCUCCUCGUCCUCCUCCUCCGAGGGCGCGGCCGGCGGGGGCGCGGAGUCCUCCUUCGAGCAGUGCCGGGACAGCAUCAUCGCGCGCACCAAGGGGCUGUCCAUCCUGACGCACGACGUGCAGAGCCAGCUGAACAUGGGCCGCUUCGGCGAGGCCGGCGACCGCCUGCUGGAGCUGGGCGAGCUGGUGGUGGCGCUGACCGAGAGCUCGGCGCACGCGGCCUACCUGGCGGCCGUGGCGGCGCCGGGCGCGCAGCCCGCGCAGCCGGGGCUGGUGGACCGUUACCGGGUGACGCGCUGCCGCCACGAGGUGGAGCAGGGCUGCGCCACGCUGCGCGCCACGCCGCUAGCCGACCUCACCCCGCAGCUGCUGCUUGAGGUGUCCCAGGGCCUGUCCCGCAACCUCCGGCUACUCACGGACGCCUGCGCCCUGGCCAGCGAGCGCUCCCGGGACCGCUUCGCGCGCGAGCAGUUCAAGCUCGGGGUCAAGUGCAUGAGCGCCAGCGCGUCGGCGCUGCUGGCCUGCGUGCGCGAGGUCAAGGCAGCGCCCAGCGAGCUGGCCCGCGGGCGGUGCGCGCUUUUCUGCGCGCCCCUGGCGCAGGCGGUGGGCGCGCUCGUGGGCUUCGCCACGGAGCCGCAGUUCCUGGGCCGCGCGGCCGCGCUGGGCGCCGAGGGCAAGGCGGUGCACACGGCCAUCCUGGGCGGCGCCAUGAGCGUCGUGUCGGCCUGCGUGCUCCUCACCCAGUGCCUCCGGGACCUGGCGCUGCACCCCGACGCGAAGGGGCCCGACCCCAGGGACCGGCUGCGCCACUCCGCCUGCGCCGUGGCCGAGGGCUGCGCCCUGCUAUCUCAGGCUUUACGGGAGAGGUCUUCGCCCAGGACUUUACCGCCAGUGAAUGCCAAUUCUGUGAAUUAG